AUGGCUGCCGCCGUCAACGUUUCGUCGACCUUGAGCUCUGUUCUUGGAACCACCAAGUUCACGACUGCUAGUCUUCCCCCCCAAAUUGACUAUGUCAUUGACACAAUCACAUCGGCUAGUCCCUGGACUCUACUUCUGACGUUCUUUGCCAUGUGCGUCGUCUACGACCAGAUCUCGUACUUCCUCAACAAAGGCAGUAUCGCCGGUCCCCUGUUCAAGACGCCCUUCAUCGGUCCCUUCCUCGAGUCCAUGGACCCCAAGUUUGAAGAGUACCAUGCAAAGUGGCUCAGCGGCCCUCUCAGCUGUGUAUCUGUCUUCCACAAGUUCGUCGUUAUUGCCUCUACCAGAGAUCUAGCCCGCAAGGUCCUCAACUCUCCCGCCUACGUCAAGCCCUGCGUAGUCGAUGUCGCGCACAAGCUCCUCGGACACGACAACUGGGUUUUCCUCGAUGGCAAGGCCCACGUCGACUUCCGCAAGGGCCUCAACGGUCUCUUCACCCGCAAGGCUCUCGAACUCUACCUGCCCGGCCAGGAAGAAGUCUACAAGACGUACUUUGGGCGCUUCCUCAACGUUACCAAAGAGGCCAACGGCAAGCCCGUUCCCUUCAUGCCCGAGUUCCGCGAGCUCAUGUGCGCUGUCUCCUGCCGCACUUUCGUCGGUCAUUACAUCAGCGAUGAGGCUGUCAAGAAGAUUGCCGACGACUACUAUCUCAUCACCGCCGCCCUCGAGCUUGUCAACUUCCCCAUUAUCAUUCCCUACACUAAGACUUGGUACGGCAAAAAGGCUGCCGAUAUGGUGCUCGCUGAGUUCGCAAAGUGCGCUGCCAAAAGCAAGGUCCGCAUGGCUGCCGGUGGUGAUGUCACUUGUAUCAUGGAUGCCUGGAUUAUUCAGAUGAUCAAGUCGGACCGCUGGCGCGAGGCUCAGGAGAAGGGCGAGGAUGCUGGCGAGAAGCCGUCUCCCAUUCUCCGCAUGUUUGGCGACUAUGAAAUCUCCCAGACCAUCUUCACCUUCCUCUUUGCCUCUCAGGAUGCUACCAGCAGUGCCGCCACCUGGCUGUUCCAGAUUACCGCUCAGCGACCUGAUGUUCUUGAUCGUAUCCGUGAGGAGAACCUCAAGGUUCGCAACGGUGACCCCGACGCCGAGCUUACCAUGGAUCAGCUUGAAUCUCUCACUUAUACCCGCGCUGUCGUUCGUGAGCUCCUUCGUUACCGCCCCCCCGUGCUUAUGGUACCCUACCUCGUCAAGAAAGCUUUCCCAAUCACCGAUAGCUACACUGUCCCCAAGGGUUCUAUGUUGAUUCCCACCACGUACCUGGCUCUACACGACCCCGACGUGUAUGAGAACCCCGACCAAUUCGACCCUGACCGCUACUACCUUGGUGACGCUGAGGAAAAGGGCGCCAAGAACUAUCUUGUUUUCGGCACUGGUCCUCACUACUGCCUCGGCCAGGUCUAUGCUCAGCUCAACCUUGCCCUGAUGGUCGGAAAGGCGUCUGUUCAGUUGAACUGGACUCACCACCCCACCCCCGUCUCCGAGGAGAUUAAAGUCUUUGCAACCAUCUUCCCCAAGGACGACUGCCCUCUUACCUUUGAGAAGCGACAGUAA